UGUAGUUCGGUGGUAGGCGCACAGGCCGCGGGCAGUCGCGGGGCAAGCAGCGCCUGCGCGGGCGCAGGCCUGCCUCAGGGCGGAGAAUGCGCGCGCAGCGCCUUCCUCCCCGGCGGAAGUUUUCGGGGGGCCACUGAAAAGAACACUGUUACGAUGGAGAUUCCAGCCCAGCGCAUCUGAGGGCCAGACCCUGAUCUCAUAAAGCAUGAACACCUUCUGUCCGGACUGUGGCAAAAGUAUCCAAACAGCGUUCAGAUUCUGCCCUUACUGCGGAAAGUCUUUGUCGACAACGGAGGAGCCGGAGGGGUCCCAGACCUCUGUCAGACCGCUUUCGUCAUCCUUCCGAGGCUCAAGGAGAAAGAACCCCAGCUAUGAAUCCUCUCCCAAGAGAGUGAAGUGGUCCAGCUGUGGCACGUCUUCCUCAUCCUACUUGUUAAACUGCAACAGUUCUGGGUCUGAAGAUACCUUGAGUCCCAAAGGUAUUAAUACCUCGAAGCCCAAAGGGGGCAGUCCUCUAACCCCCAAAAGCAGCCCGCAGAUGAAGAAGAAAAGCCCUCAGACUCUGAAGCGGAGGCGUGUGACCAUCUCCCUUGAGGCUUUGCCCACGGGGACAGUGCUGAUGGACAAGAAUGGACGGCACUGGAAGCUGGGAUCCCUGCAGACCAGAGACGACCAGGGCAUUUUCUAUGAAGCUGAGUCUGUCUCCGCCUCCGAUUCGAGUGCCCAGAAACAAAGAUUCACGCUGAAACUAGAUGCCAAGGAUGGGCGCUUGUUCAAUGAGCAGAACUUCUUCCUGCGGGCCGCCAAGCUUUCGCAAGUGAACAAGUGGAAGAAGCGGUCCUCAACCCCCUUACUGGCCAUCCCCACCUGUGUUGGUUUUGGCAUUCACCAGGACAGGUACAGGUUCCUGGUGCUCCCCAUGCUGGGGAGGAGCCUCCAGUCGGCGCUGGAUGACAACCCGAAGCACACGAUGCCCACGCAGUGCGUGUUCCAGGUGGCCUGCCGGCUGCUGGAUGCCCUGGAGUUCCUCCAUGAGAAUGAGUACGUUCAUGGAAAUGUGACAGCUAAGAAUAUCUUUGUGAAUCCACAGAACCCGAGCCAGGUGACCCUGGCAGGCUAUGCCUUUGCCUUCCGCUACUCCCCAGGCGGCGAGCACGUGGCCUACAAGGAAGGCAGCCGGAGCCCACACGAGGGGGACCUGGAGUUCAUUAGCAUGGACCUGCACAAGGGAUGCGGGCCCUCCCGCCGCAGCGACCUCCAGGCCCUGGGCUACUGUUUGCUGAAGUGGCUCUACGGAAACCUGCCGUGGACAAAAUCCCUUCCCAACAUCGAGGAUGUCAUGAAGCUGAAACAGAGCAUACAAAACCACCAGAUCCUGCUAGUUCCGUUUUUUUUAAAGACAUUCAGUACCAAGGACAGUGCCCUGUUUGGCUGCAAAAGGAAGUGCUGGGGUAUGAGGUUCAGCACCAAAGACAGAGGCACCUGUUUGCAAAGGAAAGUAGGAACGUGCUGCGUGUGGGGUUCAGCACCACGGACAGGCCAUCUGGGCUCAGGGAAGUGAGCAAAGGGGGCUGUGGUCCUCAGCACCAAGGACAGUCAGCGGACAGCUGGACACAGGAAGUGCUGCAGGUACAGAGGCUGGGACUCAAAACCUGGUAUAGACUUGGGGGCUGAGUUGCCCAGGAAUCAUCCAGGAGGGGUCAUCCAGGAGACGUUGGCUGUCGAUGUCUGCAGUGCAGAAAUGAAGUCUGAACGGAGGCCCAGACCUCAGGUAUCUCGGGAAUUGUCAGCAGAAGCCCUGCGACAGGUGCUGAGCGGGAAGCGGGAAAACUCCCCAGUGAGCAGCACUGGGUCCGUGGUGCUUCUCAGUUCUCGGUGUGCUGUGCCGCCGGUUCAUCGUGAGCCUCUCGUUUCACUUUGCCGUUUUAUGUCCCCCAUCUUCCUCCUCUCAGCCAUGGACACCCCUCAAACAUGCUUAACACACGUUCUGCUGAAACGCCUGCUUAAAUGUAUUUGUGCCCUUAACCUUGCACGGUGAUCGUGGUACUGUGUGUGUUUGACUCGCAUAAAUGGUAUUCUCUAAAUCUCGUCUGUUUCUGGCUUUUUUCACUCAGUACUGUGUCCUUCAACUUUAGUCUCAUCAUGACAUGUGCGUUGAGUUCACUGAAAGUUUGUAUAGACAUGUCUGCGUCCUUGAACAGUGUCUGAUGAGAGUAUUUUGUUUGCAGAAGCCGUACUCGGCUCUAAAUGUCAUUGUUUCUUGCUCUCUUCCCCUCGCUGCUGUAGGUUGUAACUUUCAGCGACAUUGCUAGUUCACCACCUCUGAGUACUUCUACGUUUGUCUGCUUAAAUGUAUCUGUGUCCCUGAAAUAUAUUCACGGUG